UUCGAUCCCUCCCUCUUUCCCUCUGCGUCCCGGAGCGCUCCAGCGUCCAGACCCUCCUCCUCCCAGUCCCAGGUGCCAGCCGGGAGAGGAGGACACGUCUCUGCUCCCGGCAGCCCGCCAUGGGAAACACCUCCAAUGACUCCCGGCCCGAGGACUGCGAGACUCGACAGUGGCUCCCCUCGGGCGAGAGCCCGGCCAUCAGCUCCGUGAUGUUCACGGCCGGGGGGAACUUCAUCUCCUUGUUCCACGUGCUGGUGACCGAGCUGGUGCUCACCGACCUGCUGGGCACCUGCCUCAUCAGCCCCGUGGUGCUGGCUUCGUACGCGCGGAACCAGACCCUGGUAGCCCUGGCGCCCGAGGGCCGCGUGUGCAACUACUUCGGCUUCUCCAUGACCUUCUUCAGCCUGGCCACGAUGCUCAUGCUCUUCGCCAUGGCCCUGGAGCGCUACCUGGCCAUCGGGCACCCCUACUUCUACCAGCGCCACAUCAAGCGCCGCCGCGGCGUGGCCGUGCUGCCCGCCAUCUACGCCGUCUCCCUGCUCUUCUGCUCUCUGCCCCUGCUGAACUACGGGCAGUACGUCCAGUACUGCCCCGGGACCUGGUGCUUCAUCCGGCACGGGCGCACGGUGUACCUGCAGCUCUACGCCACGCUGCUGCUGCUCCUCAUCCUCGCGGUGCUCGCCUGCAACUUCAGCGUCAUGCUCAACCUCAUCCGCAUGCACCGCCGGGGCCGGAGAGGCCGCUGCGGACCCACCCUGGGCAGCGGCCGGGGCCCUGCCACCCGCAGGAGAGGGGAAAGGGUGUCCGUGGCGGAGGAGACCGACCAUCUCAUUCUCCUCGCGAUUAUGACCAUCACCUUCGCCGUCUGCUCCUUGCCUUUCACGAUUUUUGCAUAUAUGAAUGAAACCUCUUCCCGAAAAGAAAAGUGGGACCUCCAAGCACUUAGAUUUUUAUCAGCCAAUCCGAUCAUCAACCCUUGGGUCUUUGCCAUCCUGAGGCCCCCUGUUCUGAGACUAAUGCGUUCGGUCCUCUGUUGUCGGGCUUCAUUAAGAACACAAGAUGCAACAGAAACUUCCUGUUCUACACGGUCAAAUGCCAGUAAACACACUGACCUUUGUGGACAAUAGCUAAGAAGUGCUUAGUUAGCCAGCAUCUGGAAGAUCAUUCUGAAAUGGUUCCUUGGAGAAAUGAGAAAAGUAGUUUGUAAACAAAAUGAAGCUACCCUAAUAAGACAGAGGAAAUCAACAUUUCAGCAGUGGUUUAGGCUGCAGAGGAGCUGACAAGCACUUCCUGGAAGGUGUCAGGAGGAGCUAUGGAAAUCCACCCUCCGUGAGCACGUUAGUUACAAUGGCCUUUAGAGGAACAACCAACUGCAUUAAAGAUUGGUUGCCUUUUGAUUGAAGCUUUCCUGUUGAAUGAGAAAGCAUGUGGUUUGUAAUCUGUUUAAAGCCUGAGUUACUGUGUGUUUUCCAUUUUACUCUUCUGUGUUACUACUGUUAUAAACAUACAGUGCACAGUCAGACCAGGUAAAACUUCAUAUGUGUUUUCUAGGAAGUGGAUAUGUGGGAGCAACCAAGCCUCGUGUUCUGUCAUUGCUUAACAAACCCUUUCUUUGGACAAUGUGUUUGCGCAUCAUAGGCACUUUGUAGUAUAAUGUGUGUGUGUGUUGGGGGGGCGUGCGGGGGGAGCGCUCUCUCCUCACUGCGGUAUUACUAGUAGAAGAGUAGACUCAGUUGGUUAAUGUCAGUUUUUUCACUGGUCCUCCGGAAGCUGUGUGUCAAAGUAUCAGAUUAUUUAUUUUAUAAUGUCCAAUAGUAAUUAAGAAAGCGUUAAAAAUUUUCCAAGAAAUAAUAGACUAGUAAGAGAGUUGAUUCUGAUUAAUACUCUUCAUUCUAUUUCCAGGGGAGAGUAUAUGUCGCUAUGUCUGAAGCCACGUAUUUAGGGUUAAAAACUGAAAAAUCUAGUCAAUUCUUCAGAUACACUGGAACCCUUUUAAUGCUGGUGUUGAGGCCAUGACUAACAUCUACUUUAUAAGAUGAUUGUGUUGUAGCAAAAUUCAUCUGCCCAUAUUUUUAUCCAGGAAACAUGGUUAACUAAUACUACAUAGGAAAUCCUGUGUCAGUGAGUCAUAUCUUUAUAUAUUUCUACAUCUAAAUGUUUGGCCUGGUGUAAACUCAGCAUCAAACUAUUUCAGUGAAUUUGCACUGUUUAAUCAUAUCUUAGUUACUGUGUAAACUCAUCUGAAAUGUUACAAAAAUAAACGAUAAAACAAAAACUUAAAAAUGAAAUAGUAUUUGCUAAAUCCUCCCAAAUAACAUUUAAUAGCUAGAAUAGAUAUAAUAUUUUUUCAAUGAGAUAAAAAUAGAAAAAAAUUUAACUUGGCAGGUUUUUAAAGUAUGGUUGCAUUGUAAAUUAGAGUUUAAAAUAUUCAAUAUAGUACUUGGUACUAGAGGAUUUUUUUUCCUUCCACCAUGAUCUUCCAAGUACUAGAACCAUCUUUUUUUUUUUUUCUAGUGAGUGUUAUUACAAGAUAGCUGUUAUAAAAAAAACAAAAAGGGAUGUUAGUUUUUUCCAAAAUCUCAUUGAGUUGCUUACGUAAAAACAUUUCCUAUAAGUAGUUAUCAAACUAGAUGAUCACUUGGGAGUUUUUUUCAAACCAUUCUAGGCACCAGUGUAUUUGACACAAUCUAUGUCAAAUCAGCUCUUAUUUUAAAAAGAAUAAAUAAAUGAUUUGCUUUUCUACUAAUUUAAACAACCCAGGCAAAAUUUAACUUAACUAAAAUCUGCACAUGUAAAUAAAUCUUCCCUGUCUACCAAGUAGAACUAAUUAAGCUCCUGGGUAAUUCCUAAACAUAAAAUUCUGAGGUUACUUUGAAUCUGGAAGAUUGAAUUCUUUCAUUAGAUGGGCUUUUUUCCCUCCAAAUGAAAAUGUUAACUACAUUCCUUCACCCCACCUCCCCCCCCCAAAAAAAAUCUGGAAUAAUGCCUGAUAACUUUUUUUUAAAAGCAAACUUGGACAUAAUAUCACUAGGGGUGAUAUUAAUAAUUAAUAAAAUAAUUCACUCUGGCAGCCAAAAAAAAAAAAAACAACAGUUUAAGCUAUUUAUUUAAGAACUGGUAGAUCUCUAGAGCUUUAUUUCCUAGUUUACUCCUGUUUCUUGCACUGUGUUAAAUGACUAUUUCGUUUGCACUGAUAUAUACAUAGAAGGAAUUGAAGAUAAAAAUCCUAUGUAAUAGUCAUUCACCUACUAUGAAUGGUAAUUUAAAGGCAACAGAAAAGUUUACUAGGAUUAGAUAUAUGUGGAUAUUUCUUUUUUAAAAAAUCCCACCUCAUCAGACAUACUUGUUUAGGUUUACUGAGUCAUUUUCAAGUUAAAUGAAAAACACUGAAUUUAGCCUGGUAUAGUAAAGAACCAAAUUGUGAUGAAAGAAGACCUAGAUUUUAGUCUUUGCCCUCGACAGGCAGUGGAAUGAAAAGGGAGAAAGAAAGUAUAGUGGAUAUUCACCUCAAAAUGCCAGCCCCAACUUUAGGUGUCCAGAAGCGGGCCAAAGCAGUCUGUUCUGAGCUGAAUUAUUGCUGGACAGUUCACUGUGCCCCCAGGUCAUCUUUCCUAGGAAAGAACGGGGAAAUUCUCAUCCUAAAUUGUGGCCUCGAAUCUCCAAAGAUACUGUAGGGACCCGAGUUUGCUUAGAAGCUAUAGAAAGCCUCUCCAGAAGACCUGAACCUCAGAGAGUUUGAACCCAGAAUCAGACCUAGAACCAGACCAAAGCUCUAGAAACAGCACCCACCCCAAAUCGCCAUGCUGGCUGAGGCAGCAAGCCCUGAGCAGCAGGGAGGGCAAAGCCGAGCCACAUCAUUACAUUCUCAGUGUAAUUCAGUUAAACUGGUAGCGCCCCUGCCUGCUCCUGUCAAUGCACAUUGAGAGGAAGAUUGUCCUCAUGUUAACAUAAUGUCAUUUCUGAUUUGAACCAAGAAAAAAAACACUGUACUCAGGUUUAGAAUUUGAUGACUUAGAAAGUCAGGCUAAGACAAUUAGCUAGCACUUGAGCAGAGGUUUAUUUAUUUCACUUCUCCAAAUGUAGUGGUUUAAGCCAAUCAAAUGGUUUUCUGAAUCUGAGAAGAAUCCCUACUUGAGCUGUUCACAGAGAGAGAAGCAGUCUUGUCUGCAAAUGAGUGAUUUCUAUAUAUGGACUUACAAAGCCCUCUUAUACAGGUGGUGUUGCAACUUGAAUAUUUGAUGUCUAUUUUCUGUCUUCAUCAAACACUUAACUCCAUUGGAUUUCCUCUCCAAGGGCACAUUUAUAACAUACCUCCAAUCACUAACAGCAUUAUAAUUGAUUGCUUUUAAAUUUACAAAGUAUUUGAUUGCCUGAGUGAAAUACACUAUGGAAGUAAAUGUUGUUUUAGCAAUUCCCCAACGCUAUAGUCUAACUUAUACAGGGGGCCAAGGCCAUGCAUUGGGCAUUAAUUUUUUAUUUCAGAAAGUUACUCGUUUUGUGCUGGUAGAUUGUGUGAUUUUUUUUUUAUUGUAAGUAAAUUUCCUUGAAUUAUAUUUUUUUAUUUACUGUACAAUGUCUGUACUAUUAAAGGUCCGUUUGAGUGGUUUAA